CUUUAAGCUACCCGGUCAUCCAUUUGCAGGAGCAGUGCUUAGCGGGCACUUUUAUUUGUUUCCCUUAAGCUGCCUCAUAUACUGUAAAAGAAAAGGAAGAAAGAAAAACUGUGCCUCCCGUUGUAUGAGUAGUGUAAGCGUAGACUGUCUCAUGCAUCCUAUAAAAGCCAGUGCUGCAAUCUAUUACUGUCUAUCACUACAGGGGAAGGAGAGCCUGGCCGAGUACUUCAUUGGCGGGAUAAAAAUGGUUCGCUAUAAGACGGAGGAUCACUACAGCGGCCUGCAGACAGUGAUCCGCCUGAGGCACCUCUUCAUGACGCAGGUGGGUCGACAGGCUACUCCCGAGGUGCAGAAACCACCACGCAUUUAAUAUAUGGAUGUUAGGGAAUGUGCUUACGGAGUCAUCAAGGAAUAUGGUAGUUUUAAGACACAAUCAGUUGAUCUAGUAUCUACAAUUACUUUCGCAUUGGGUUUAUGAGUUACAGAAGCAGGGCUUAUAUCUUGAACGUUUUAUUUCUGUCAUUCCUCACGUCUUUUAUUCCUCACGUAGAAAACCGAGAGGACGUUGUGUUGUUAUAUACAUUCCUCCUAAGAAUACUGACGGCGACCUACGUGUUCGUUUACUGUUUGGUGGUGGCUUUUUAAGUUUACAUCUGGUCCAUCCCUGCAAGACUUUUCAUGCCGCAUUCAACAUUAGCGCCAUAUGACCAUCGUAGUAGUGGCGCCAUGAUCGCAUAUCCCAGUCAAUCAGUCAAUUGUUCGAGAUUUAAUUUUACAGUUUAAACCAGCAGUAACGUUAUCUUUCGGUUCCAUAAUGUCUCCUUUAGGUUAGUCACUUAGGCCUCUUAUCAUCGUUUUACAAGUUAAGUCGGCAAUGGCGCUUGGUUUUAAAUCUGCCUUAAAACUGCCUCUCAAUCAGUCACACAACUUUCAUUUCCCUUUUUCAAACAUUUAAAACACUAAUAAUAAUUACAUGGUAGUUCGGCAGCCCUUUAAUUAACCUCUCUCAAUUAAUGAUUGUUAUUUUUUUUCCGUAUUUUACAAACUCGUCACCAUCACCGUAAUUUCUCCUCCAUCAAAAUCGUGAAAGCUGUAGAUCUUAGGAUACCACAAAAUCUUCCAGUUGGUCACUCCCUUUGUUCAUUUUACAAGUCUGGCAUCAUCAUCGUAUAGUUUUCACGCUUCCUUAACCUCCCCCGUCAAUCUAAGUGGUGAGAAACUGUAGGCCUUCAGUAACCACGAAUAGUCCUUCAAUCCGUGACUCAGUCCAUCCUCCCUCAGAUGGUGACCGUGUUCAUCCCAACGACCCUCAUCAACAUCAUCUCCUUCGCCACGUUCUUCUUCAAGUGGUUUGACUUCCAGAACAGGGUCAUGGUGUCCCUCACAACCCUCCUCGUCCUCUCCACCCUUUUCUCCCAGACCAGCGACAGCCUCCCCAAGACCUCGUACUUCAAGAUCAUCGACAUCUGGUUCUUCAGCUCCAUCGUCUUCACCUUCCUCACGAUCAUCACACACACGAUCGUCGAGUACUUCCACCGCUACGCCUCAAACGUUGACGCCAACCCAAAGUCGUCCGUCUCAAGCUUUAUCCCGAACAAGGUUGCUCCCAUCGGGGUCGGCGAUGAAGAGUUUCGGAUUCAGCAGAGAGAACUUGCUUUCCGGGAGCGCUGGGGAAGAUCCUUACCCGAGAUGGUGGACAGGAUCGGCUUCAUUGUCAUCAUGACUUUGUACUUGAUGUUUUUCGUCAUGUUCUGGGGAUCGUCGUUCACCCAGAAGAUAAAAGAAGACAUGAAAACCAUUGUAUCAGAGGUGACGGAAGUAGCCGAUUACCCGCACGAACCAGCUGGCUCAUAAAGCAUCAUUGUCACCAAACCUUACUCUCUUUUAUAGGGUAGUCAGCAGGCACACAUCUCCCGCGACGGGCAGGUAUAUACAAGGGGAGAGGGGGCCCUGCAGCCAUAAUCAGACUAAUCUGUGAGUGCGCGCUCACGUGUGUGUGUGUGUGUGUGUGUAUAAUUCACCAACGCUACCACGGCCAGAUCACGUCCUGGACCACACACCACACACCACGCACACGCAUACCCUUUGCUCAAAUGGGGAAAGUAAAUACAAAUUGUCAGCGGAAAAAUCUUUCUGCCUGAGCGAGGUUCACCGAGGCAUAUUCCAGAGGCCUUGGCUUGGCGGUAGCCCGGAAGGCCUGAAAUAUUUGUUUACUCGGAAAAAAAAGAAUCUAGCAGAUUGUAUCAGAUAUAUAAAAAAAUGUCCGACUAUCCGUGCAAUUCAGCUAUAUUAUAGUAUGCUAUAUUAUAGUAUGCCAUUGCCACCGUUAGUGCAUCGUAGGGACACAAGCCUAGAGGCUGAUCACAGUAGGUUUAAGAAUCCAUUGCCGCAUAGUCACUCACCCAACUUGGUCCCCUAGCCUUGGCAAGCACUUUGAUUAAUAGUACAAACCCUUCACCUUAUUUAUCGUCACCCCUUCGACCUCCUCCGGUGCUCUUUCUUUGCCAUACACCCUGCACUGAGCCACUUCUUCAAAUUAGAUACUGUCCGUGGCGAUUAGGAAAUCAAUUAAAAAUUUAACUCACGUAUCGGAGGGAUCACGUCAUUUUUUUAAUGUGUGUGUGUGUGUGUGUGUGUGUGUGUGUGUGUGUAAUAUUUCCAAAUUCCACCUUUAUAGUUAACGCAACACAGGAAAACUCUACAUUAAGCAUCAAAUAAUAAGCAUUCCCCAAUUAUGUUACGUGCCGUGCCGAAGUGUGGAUGUGAACAUCCCAGGAAAUGGUGAAGGGUU